AUGACUGCCAAAGAGGAGUCAACUUCUGGCUUUUCUCCUCCUCUGUCCUCCACUUCACCUGGCUCCACUGGUGCUCCAGUCCCUGGUUUCAACACCACUUCAACUCUGCGUCCCCCAUUCACUGGUGCACACACAGCUGUGAUGACAACCCACUCUCCAGCUCUGACACCAAGGCAGUGCUACAAUGGGGCCACUUGGAACGGAGAAGAAUGUGCCUGUACCCAAGGCUACUUUGGUUACCAGUGUCAAUCCCCCUUGGAAUACUUCUUCAUAGAAACCCCGAAAAAAAUCAAUGCCACUGUAGAACUGAGAGUGAAAGUAACUAACAGAAAUUUCACAAAAGACCUAAAUAACAUAUCCUCCCAUACAUACCAGAAUUUUGUUCAACUAUUCAAGAGUCAGAUGGAUAAAUCUUACGGGAGCAAAGACUUUCCACAAUACAGAGGCGUGAUCAUUAGGAAACUACUCAAUGGCAGCGUCAUGGUGGAACAUGAAGUCGUCAUGGAGGCAGACUUCACUUCAGAGUUUCAGGAGCUGUUUGCAAACCUCACUAAGAUCAUAAAGGCCAAGGUUAUGAAUGAGACCGGAAAGCUACCCAGUAAUUCUGAAGCGUGCAAAAACAUCUCACUCCUGUGCUACAGUGAGGAGGACACCUUCGUGAAUGAGACCGUGAAGCUCGGCUUUGACCUGCAAGAGCGAUGCACUCAGAAUGCUGCGAAGGAAUUCGCCCAAUUCUACUAUGUGGAUGAUCUGAAUGCGAAGCUGGCCUGUGUGACCAAGUGCACCCCGGGGGCGAAGUCGCAAAUGAACUGUCACCACGGCAGGUGCCAGCUUCAACAAAGUGGCCCCCAUUGCCUGUGCCUGAACUCGGACACGCACUGGCACUGGGGAGAAAGCUGUGAAUUUAGCACCAGCAAGAGCAUGGUGUAUGGGAUCGUAGGGGCCGUGGUGGUGCUACUGGUGGUCUCGGUGGUGGUUCUGGCCAUCUUACUCAGCCAAUCCCAGAGAAAAGUGCACUGGCAAGAGUACAACCUGUCUCGAGACUGGCAAGAAGAAGAUGUCCCUGGCAAUUUCCAGAGCACAGGCGUCUGGGAAGGUCAGAAUCUGCAGGGGGACACGUUUGGCCUUGAAAAUGUCUACAGACACUUCCAGCCUUCCCUGCAGAACGUGGACCCCACCACAGAGCUCCACAUUCAGAGGCCCACGGUGGUGACAACUGCUCACUCCCACCCCCACAUGGUGAAUGACGCCCGCCCACCCACUGCCCUCACAGCCCCAGCCCUGCCAUCUCCUGGACCUGCCCACGCCCAGGGAGGGCUGUGUCUUGGGGCCACAGUUGGGGGUACCCUCAGCCACCUGCCCCUCGCCUACUCCUCUCCCUUCCCCCAUCUCAGUGAGGACAGGGCUGUCUGGGAUGGAGGAAGGUAUGUAUCCCAGGAUGACCCCCAGUGCCAGCAGCUAUGGAAGAGCUAUGAAGUGAGGUACUGCAGCCCUGGAGCCGUGGAGGCUGUCCUGGCCCCGGAGCCCUGGAGCCCUGCUGGCGGGGGCUGUGCCCUGCUGGUGGAGGAGGCCCCCGAGGAAGAGCUCCAGGCAGGGCAGGGAGGAAGGCGGGGCCUGCGGCCGUACAAGUCGGUGUCCCGGGCCUGGGACGGAAGUUGCAGAAGUACAAUUAGUUUCAGUUUUGUUUCUCUUUCAGGAGCCCAGCAACAGCAGCGCCAGGGCCUCGGGGGGCCCGCACUCCGGGUCCUGGAGCCCCGGCUAGGUAAGGAGAGGGGCUUGGAGGGCGGUUGA